UCACUCCAACAAGGCGGCUACGUGAUGCGUCACUGCGUUACGUGCAGCGGUGACGCCACAGUCUCGCGUGAUGUGAGUUGCUGUGUUGGGAUUCUGUGUAAAACGGGAGGCGAGGAGCUUGUUAUUAACAUCCUUCCGGGACGUCUUCAGCAAAUCCAAGAGACGGAAGAUUUCACUGACAACCGUCCAGCUAAUAUGAAUGACACCAAUGAAAGAAGAAGCAAUGAGCACUCAGAGUCUCAGAGCAAUGGGCAGACACAGAGCAGUUCCCAGCAAGUACUGGAACAGGACGAGGAAGAAGAUGAAGAACUCACCUUGAAAUAUGGAGCCAAGCAUGUAAUCAUGCUGUUUGUCCCUGUCACGCUAUGCAUGGUGGUGGUUGUUGCAACCAUCAAGUCUGUCAGCUUUUACACACGCUAUGAUGGGCAGCUAAUCUACACCCCAUUCACAGAAGACACGGAUAGUGUUGGACAAAGAGCUCUGAACUCCAUACUCAACACAGCCAUAAUGAUCAGUGUAAUUAUAGUCAUGACCAUACUGCUGGUUGUUCUGUACAAGUACAGAUGUUACAAGGUCAUCCAUGGCUGGCUCAUAAUAUCUUCCCUUUUAUUGCUUUUUUUCUUCUCUUAUAUAUACCUUGGUGAAGUGUUUAAAACCUAUAAUGUGGCCAUGGAUUACAUCACGCUGGCUUUAAUGAUCUGGAAUUUUGGCGUAGUAGGAAUGAUCUGCAUUCACUGGAAGGGGCCCCUUCUUUUGCAGCAGGCAUAUCUUAUUAUGAUUAGUGCUCUUAUGGCGCUGGUGUUUAUAAAAUACCUUCCUGAGUGGACAACUUGGCUCAUCUUAGCAGUGAUAUCUGUUUAUGAUCUUAUUGCUGUCCUGUCUCCAAAAGGACCUUUACGCAUGCUGGUCGAGACAGCUCAGGAGAGAAAUGAAACCCUUUUCCCAGCACUAAUUUAUUCUUCUACAAUGAUAUGGUUAGUAAAGAUGGCAGAUGGAGAUCCAGGCUUUAAGCAAAGUGCCUCAAAGAAAACAUACAAUGCACAAGCUCCAGUUGCCCAGCCAAGGAGUGAUUCUGCAGCAUCAGAUGACAAUGGUGGCUUUGAUACAGCUUGGGAGGAACAGAGGAAUGAACAGAUUGGGCAAAUUAAUUCCACUCCAGAAUCAAGAGCUGCUGUCCAGGCUCUUCCAAGCAACAACCCCCCCAGUGAAGACCCUGAAGAGAGGGGAGUGAAACUUGGACUGGGAGACUUCAUUUUCUACAGUGUGCUUGUUGGGAAGGCAUCUGCCACAGCUAGCGGAGACUGGAACACUACCCUGGCUUGUUUUGUGGCCAUACUGAUUGGCCUAUGCCUUACACUACUUCUACUUGCCAUCUUCAAGAAAGCAUUACCUGCUCUCCCCAUCUCUAUAACUUUUGGACUUGUUUUUUAUUUUGCCACGGACUACCUUGUACAGCCAUUCAUGGACCAACUGGCAUUCCACCAGUUUUACAUUUAACCCUCAUGACAAACCAUUCCCUAGGGGCAUUAAUUCCCCAUGAUAACUGUAUCUAAGCAAAUAAAGAAGAGCAUUUGCUUCUUGCACUGUGGAAAAUCAAAGAAUCCAAAAUGAUCAUCUUACCCCAAAGAGGCAGUUAUUUGGAUUGCAAGUCCUUUCUGCGCUGGAGAGGUAGACAACAUUUUUCAUCCUGUGGGCAAGUUUAGAAGGAGGCACAAGUGCAGUACAGUACCAGCGAACAACCUCAAAUUCUGUACUCUCUAAGCUUUUUGUAGUGUUUUGUAUCACUAUCUAGCCAUGAAAAAAUAACAAAGUAUAGGUGGGUUCAAAGCAGGGCAAAGCAAUUAAACACACCGAUGCCCCAUUCAUAUUUAGGAAGGCCCCAAGGAUGCAAGAAUGAGAAUGCUGUAACAGAAAGCAAUACCAUGCCUGCCGCGAUCUUCCAGAUAUAAAACACUGGUGGUAUCUUAUAUUAACUCUGGUAGCAUUACUGCCAUCAGCCAAUGUAUAUUCUCACCUGCAAAGAAAGCAUUCAGAGUUUUGCAAUGUUUUUCCUGCCAAAGCCAAGAAGAACAAUGUUAUUAUUUGUCUUAGGGGGUGCAAGAUUUGCCCUCUGUAUACUAAGCCCGCAACAGUAAAAAUUAAUUACAACACAUGAUUUUGUGUUUAUGUAUGUAUGUAUGUAUAUAUAUACCAUUUUUUCUGUACUGUAAAAGCAUUUUUUUGAGUUUUUCAAGCUUUUCUAAUAGCAUAUUUACUACUGAAAUCCUACAAUGACUGCUGGUUACGCAGAGUUGCUCUGUAUACAUGAGCCUGUGCUGGAAUUUGUAAGAAAUCUAAUGGGACCAAAAUUUGGUAAAUUCCACUACAGGAUAUGGUCUGCACUGGGAAUGUUUAGAUUAUAUGUUCGUAGCCAAUAAACAUGUAUAAGAAGAGACUGGUUAUACCUCGCAAGCCGAUCACUACACUGGAAUACCCACCCCAAUUAUGCACAGUUUCAUAAGAAGGGAACAUUUGUAAAUAAAAAGUUUUCAGACAAUUUGUAAGAUUGUGCCUUUGAAAAAAAGGUAAAAGAAAAACUGUUAUGUUGGGAACUUUUGAGUAUAAAGUUUUCCUUUGAAAGUC